AUGCUCUCCAAGGUCGCGCAGAACUUCCACCCCAUGCUCGGGUGCGUUGCUGGCAACGUCGUGCUCGCGCGGGUCUCCGGCGACCUCGUCCAGGCCCUCGCCAUUCCUCGCAGGGUAAGCGACGAUAGCCGUCGGGACUGUCAGUCCUGCCGCAGUGACCGCAGGCGCAUCGCCUUCGUUCUCACCGAUGCCGCGUGCAUGUGCUCGCUGUACCGAGGGGGCCCCCUGGUCGAACUCGCGCAGCUCCUUUUUUCUCCUCCGCUCAACCCCUGUGCUCAUGGGGUGCUGCCGCUCGAGCUCCGCCACGCUCAUUUGGUUCGUGGCCUGCCCGGACAGGCGGCCCUGCGGGAGAUCGACGACUCCGCUAUCCCCAUCGGCGACUUCAGCCACUGCGGCGACUCCGUCGGGGUUAUUUUUGGUUUUGCUGCCCCCGAUCACGCGGGGGUCCAGGCGCUUCGCGAGCGGGCCCUCGCUCGCUGCUCCAUCUCCCUGGGCCACAUCGUGGACAUGCGCGUCGCGAUUGAGUCUUCCCUUGAAGCAUCCGUGCGUUUCGUCGUGCGCGCACCUGGGGACGGGGAGGUCGCGGAGCUGAAG